AUGGACGGCCACCUGCAUCCGCAGCAGCCGGAGGUCGCGGCGAGCUCCGCGUUUAGCGGCCCAUUCCGCAACAUGAUGACAGUACGAAGCAGCCAGGGGUCUGCUUGUGUGGCUCCUGUUGCUGCAGCAGCAGCAGCAGCAGCUGCUGCUGCAGCAGCGGACGCAUCCCUGGCGCUUCGUUGUUUGUCCGCGCAGCAGAUGACCAACGGCAGCACCAGCCGCAGUGCAGCAGCACCAGCAAUAGGUAAUAGUGCAGCAGCAGCAGCAGCAGCAGCAGCUUGUCUGCUGCCUCCUCCCGCGCCUUCUGCUGCUGCUGCACUGCAGUGGGGCGGCGGCCCAGCAGCAAAUGGUGGUCUUGGGGGACCCUGGGGGGCGGCUGGUGCUGCCGUCUCAACGAGUAAUACUGCAGCAAGUGCAGCCAAUGCAACAGCAACACCAACAGCAACAGCAGCAACAGCAGCAGCAGCAGCAGCAGCAGCAGCAGCAGCAAACACAAACGCUGGUUUCCCUCUCCAUUCAAGCGCAUACUCCAGUGCACGCCAGCAGCAUCGCGACUUCAGGUGUACGUCCGAGGCGGCGAGUGCUUCGAGCGCAGCGGCAGCAGCAGCAGCAGCAGCAGCAGCAGAAGAUGCAGCAGCAGCAGCAGCAGCUUCUUCGUCAUCAUUCCUUGCCGCAGCCAGCUCAGCCAUGCAGCAGCAGCCCAUAAGCGGCAUCGCCUUUGAUCUGCCGUGUGCGGGCCGCGGGGGCGGUGUGGUGUCUCCUCUGGUCUCGUCGGGUGUACAGGCAGGUUUAGUUCGUUUUCUUGUUGAGGGACAGAACCAGCGCAAGACUGCAGCAGCAGCAGCAGCAGCAGCAGCAGCAGCUGUAGCAGCAGAUCUACAGGCACCCCCUGGCUACGAAUAUGUAGACCUCCCUGUCGUCGGCCCCCCUGCAUUAGAGGCCCGCCCAGCAGCGGAGCAGGAGCUGCUGAUUCAGGAGUUUACUGCUCGUUCUUCGAUAGGGGGUGGGGGGCCCCCAGUAGCAGCAGCAGCAGCAGCAGCUGCUGCUGCUGCUGCAGCGGGAGGGGCUACAGCUGCCUCGUUACCAGCAGCAGCAGGUCUUGCUGGUGCUGCUUCUCACGCACCGCAUGCUCAGCAGCAGCAACAGCAGCAACAGCAGCAACAGCAGCAACAGCAGCAGCAACAGCAGCAGCAGCAGCAGCAAGACUUGGGUAAACGUAGGUCUGCUACUCUAUCUCCCCCAACACAAACCCUUCGGGAUAGAACAAGCGGGAGAAAAACAAGAAGCCAUCAAUCUGCCCUCGAUCCUCCUUCUCCCGUUGAUUCAGCUGUAUCUGCAGCAUCAGCAGCAUCAGCCCCAUCAGUGAGUUUCUCAUCAGAAGGGGCCCAUGAAGGUUUUGUUUCUGUUUCUUCUUCUUUGCCGCAUGCAGAUAUAGAUAUAUCUAUAGAUAAUAAAGAUACAGUCAAUGGCUCGAUGCAGCAGGGGCCCCCAGCAGACUUGUCUACUCUAUCACUCUGUAAGCUGCAGGGGGAGGUGUGUUCUUUUGUUAGUGUUUUGUAUGAUUCAGUAUUCAGUUCAAGGGUAACAUGGCAGGUGCCUCAGCUGUAUGCACCACAAGCAACAGCAGCAACAGCAGCAGCAGCAGCAACAGCAACAGCAAUUCAGUAUUCAGUUCAAGGGUAA